AUGGUAUUCGACAGAUUUCCAUUUAAGGUGAAAAACUGUCUUCUAACCAAGCUGAAGGAGAGCAGUUUAUACAAAAGUUUCAGGAUGUCAUCAGUAAACUACACAACCGAACAAACCUAUAAUGCCGAUGAGUCCGGACUUUAUUGGAAACUGCUUCCAAGAAAAACUCUUGCAGCGGAUAUGGAGAAAUCAGCACCAGGUUACAAAGUCAGUAAAGACCGUGUUAUGAUAAUGGGAUGUGCUAAUGCUGCUGAAACACAUCGACUACCACCAGUGGUAAUCGGCAAAUCACGCAACCCUCGAUGUUUUAAACAUGUUAACAUGGAAAAUUUGACUAUCCAUUAUCUCAACCAAAGCAUUGCAUGGAUGAGUGGUGAACUGUUUUCAAGGUGA